AACCCACUCCCACCUGGUUGGACAGAACAUCGAGCCCCGACUGGACAAUUUUACUAUUAUCAUGCUGAAACACAAGAAUCAACUUACGUACGCCCUUCGAUGGCGGUUGUAUCUACAUCUUCACCUGUCACGGAGAAGAAAAAGGAGAAAAAGAAGGAGAAAGCAAAGAUCAAGCAACCCAUACCGGGGACGAGUUGGAUGAAGGUCACCACUACCGAUCAAAACACAUUCUAUACCAACACUGAUACUAAGACAUCAGUUUGGACAGUACCAGAUGAAAUUAAAGACGUAGUAAAAAAAUUAGAAGAGGAAGAGCGAAUCAAAGCAGAAGAAGCUGUCCGACAAGCGGAGCAAGAGAAACUGGCCAACGCGGAAGAAGCUCGUCGUGCACAUGAAGCAGAACAGAAACGACUUAUAGAACUUGAAGUGCAAAAAGUACGAGCUGAAGUAGAAGCAGAAGCUACGUUACGUGGUUUAAAACGAAAGCCAGAAGAUCAAUCGAACCCCAUUGGAGGUCAAAGAAAGUUACAGAAACUCAAUGGAGACCGCGACGAAGAUGAAGACUGGCAACGUCAAAUUGCUGAAGAAAUGGCUCUCGAGGCUGAACAGGAAAAUAAACCAGAAGUACCUCAACCUAUUCAAACUACCCAGCCUACUGUUGUACCUUCUCCUAUGUCUGUGAUGCUCGCUAGUCUUUCCGGUGACGAAUUGAAGGCCACUUUCAAGGCAAUGCUGUUGGAAAAAUCCAUCGAUCCUAUAGCCCCAUGGGACAACGAACUUCCUAAAUUUGUCACAGACCCUCGCUACCUCGCUCUAUCAUCUAUGAAAGAAAGGCGUGAUCUAUUUGAUGAAUUCUGCAAGGAAAAACUUCGACAACGGAGAGCAGAGAAGCAAGUGACAGCGAAACUUAGCCCUCCCGAGGCUUAUCGUUCACUUCUCAUUGAGGCCGUCACAUCAACUCGUACACAUUGGGAAGAGUUUCGAACAAAGUAUAAGAAAGACCCUCGGUUUCGAAAUUUCGGUCGUGAUGAUCGAGAACGUGAGAAGGCGUUCAAAAGUUGGUUGAAAGAAUUAGGUGAACGUAAGCGAGCUGAAGUUCUCAAGGCUGAGGCAGACUUUACACGUUUUUUGAGCGAGAAGCGGGGUGAACUGGAAGCUGCUCAUCCUAAACUCUCCGAGACAGAAUGGAAGCAAGUGAGAGAAAUUCUGAAGAAAGAUAAACGCUUUGAUAUCAUCACAAGUAAUACAGUCAAAGAAGGUAUUUGGAAGAAGUGGUCGAAGCAGCUUGAGGAACAGGCUGGAAUCGCUUCAGCCAUUGAUCAAGAGGACACGAAGAAAGCCAAACAAGAGGCUAGCUUGAAAGCCAGGGAAGAAGAAGUUCGAUUACAAAGGCAGCGACUGGACAAGCAAGCUGACAUCACUCGCCAUGAGUUAGGCAAGGAGGAAGCUGAACGAGAAUUUCGAUCUCUUUUGAUUGACGCAGUCCGAGACCACGACGUGACGUGGGAAGAAACACAUCGGUCACUUGAGAAGGACCCGCGUUUUCCUCAAACCAAGGCAUUAUCUAUCUCAAAUCUCAAGCGAAUCUUCUCCGAUCAUACGGCUUCGAUCUACGCAAAGCGUCUAUCAGCUUUGGAAUCUUUCUUCCAAGAUCAAGCUCCAAGUUUGGCCACCUCUCAAUCUUCACUUUCGCCUGAUCAACUCUUAAUUAUCACAACUGUCAAUCGAUUGAUCGAUCCACAAAAUCGGACUCGCGGCUUACAGACAAUUGAAAGAUAUUAUGAUGAUUGGAAACAAAAGAAAGAGACUCGAGCUCGCGAAGAGUUUGAGGAGAUGUGUGGUGAAAGUGCUUUUAUAGACUUUUGGUGUCGAAUGAAGAAAUCUGGGAAGGAGGAUGAAGUAGGUAAAAAGACAAUUGGUGAUGAUGGUGAGGAAGAAGAGGAAGAGGAAGUCGCAGAUCUAAGAGAGAUGGCCAAAACAAUUGAUUUGAGUGAAAUUGAGGCCGUGAUGAAGAAAGAUAAGAGGUGGAUUGCUUGGGAUCACCUUCCUGAUCAACGAGAAUCUUGGAUGAGAGUCAGUGACAUGGAUUCCUUUCUCUUUGUAUCGAAUCAAAUGCUGACCUCAAUCUGCGAUGUUUCAAACACAGGCUCAUCUCGAAAAGUUGGCAAAGCCAAAGCUAACAGUUUAUCAAAAAUCAUGAUCACAGCGAUCAGGAAAUCAAAUCUCAAUUUUUUCGACCUUGGAAAUCAUUGGGAACUUUUGGUUUCCAAUCAUCCUUUACAAAAAUCAUCUCAUGUAGACGUGUUCUGGUUCCUAGCUAUUUCUUUAUCAUCAGCAAAAUAA